GUACAUAAAGAGAGGGAUUGGUGGGUGACAUUGGACAUUAAUACCAACCUUCUCAUCCAAUCAACUCAAACACAUAAAGAGACCACUACAUCCGGUUUGUGACUGAGUUUAUAAGGUGAACCAUCAACCCAUUUCAAAGGAAAGAGAACUUGUUCAGUAGAGAGUUCUGCGGGAAAAGUUUAAGGAAUACAAAAUCUCGAAGAAAGUUUGCUUGUGUUUGUUAAAACAGAAACUUAUUAUCAUCGUGCUGGGUUUUCAACGCGUGGUGUCUGACUACGGAAUUCACUCCACCACGGCAACGAAUUAUAGAGCGAAGUCAACCCUUUAUCACCAACUGUAAUGUUUUAGUCACAAAACGCCAAAAAACAACUUUGUGGUUAUUUGCUUCCCUGGUCCAAGCUUUGGUUUUUUACGCAGACGUUGAUCUACAAAUCAUGGAAAUAAUUUGUUUGUUUUCAAUGCUACUCUCAACUUGUCCAUCUUCAAAGUUAUCAGUGGCGCUCGUUUUCGUAAUAAUUACAUUCGUAUUGGACAAAACAACUGCACGACCGUGUAGCCGGAAUGAUCACGAACUUGGUAAAAGUCCGAGGAAAGUUUUUGAAGGGAGCGCGACGACUUCUUCAAGGGAGCCGGAAGGGCUUAUGGACGGGGGAACCAUUGUUGGGAGGAUUGUUGAGACUGAGCAUCCUGGUGACGAAAGACCAUGGCAGAUAAAUCAGGGUCUGUGCCCACCGCCGCUAGCUCAUUUAUGUACAGUUGAAGUACCAGGCCCUUCCGGUGGAAGCCAGCAAGCCUUCGUGACCCCAUUCUUCGAGGGUGAUAUCGUUCUAGAUCCCGGUACACGACGUAGCUUGGGCGUAGCGAGCAUGAUGCAUCGUGCUAAACUACACGGUCGCCAUGCCGUGAAGAAUGCUCAGCGCUCCCGUAGGGUGAGGGCUGCUGUCAGACCAGAAAACCAGAGGUGGACGGACGGGGUUAUUCCAUACACAAUAGACUCUGACUUCGCUCCAUCUACAGCUAGAUUGAUCCGAGCUGCUAUGAAGCACUGGGAGAGACAUACAUGCAUUCACUUUAGACAUCAUAGACCUAAGGACAGAGACUACAUACGCUUUGCUUACUUCCCUGGCUGUUGGUCUUUUGUUGGACGUCAAGGAGGGCAGCAGAUUAUCUCCAUGGGUCCAGGUUGUUCAGUCUUAGGCACCAUCAUCCAUGAAAUCGGCCAUGCCGUGGGCUUCUGGCAUGAACAGAGCCGUCAUGAUAGGGACAAGUACGUCAAGAUCAUGUACCACAACAUUGUACCUGGCACUGAGGAGAACUUUGGCAUAAUUGACCCUGUCAAUGUAACUAGUCUGGGCUUCUCCUAUGACUAUGAGAGUAUAAUGCAUUACCCUCCCAAUGCCUUUACUGCUACUGGUCUACCUACAAUCAAGAUUAAGAAGAUUGGUCGUAGACAUGGGUUCAAGAUGGGUCAACAGGAGGGACUGAGUGCAUUGGACAUAGCACAGGUCAAUGCCAUGUAUCAAUGCAACCUGAGGAAAAUGGCUAAAGAAUCAGAUGAGGAGUGUACACCAAGCAAGCGAGGGGAUGGACGCGAAUACAGAGGUAACCGGGACUUUACCGUCUCUGGAACAACUUGUCAGAAAUGGAAUUCACAAUGGCCACAUAAGCAGGAAUACUGGAAGAGUGAAGCAGAGCGGAACGAGAGACAAGGAUUGGGGGAUCAUAAUUACUGCCGUAACCCAUCAGGAAAGAGAGACAGACCGUGGUGUUUUACAACACUCAAGAAAACCAGGUGGGAAUACUGCGAUGUGAAAAUAUGUGCUCAAGAGACAUGAGAUGUGUGGGUGAGAAAUAGAUUUGUGUUACCGCUUCAAGUAAUAUGGGAUAACGUCAAUGCUUUGAGGUAAAUCUUCAAGGUCAGUGACUUGAGUCUGUGCACGGUGUUGAUUUGAAAUCUUAGAAACUAUAUGAUGAGAUGUCAAACUGCAACUAUUCUUUUGUGAAUACUGCAUUGGAAAAGUCUUUAUAACAAUCCUUCAUAAUGGUACAGUAACUGUAUUCAGAGUAACCGUGUACAAUUAAGAUGCUAUCAUCAGGUUGAGAUGGGGCACUUAGGAGAGCAUACCGACUAUCAACACCUGCAAUUGGAUGUUUUGUUGUUGUUGGCUUAAUGAACAACCAAUCAUAGGAGCUGUUACAUGCAUCAUGCUCAACUUAACAGUCAAGAGCAUUAUGACAAUCCCUUUGUUUUCUGUUGGCAGCUUCAUUUAAUUGUGUUUUUUCAUAUAAAUGUUUUUGAAAAUGGGGAAAUGUAAAUGAUUUAUUUGCUGCAAAAUAAGUUUAAGAGAUGUAUUUAUGACGACUGAAAGAGAAGAGUAUUAUUUGUUAUUGCUGAGAUAUUUUUGUCAAAAAGCUGCAGUCCUCCCCUGUAAUUCUUUGUUUAUUUACGUGAUUAGUGCUUGUUAAAGUUAAAUCACUAAACUUGAUAACAAGUUCUUUUUGAAUGUGUACUAGCUUCUGCAAAUCCACAACAAUCUUACAAUUGAGACAAGCACAUAUUUCUUGCCCUCUAAAAGCAAAUAUCAUUGUUUGUAAAAAAUAUAUCUGUUCGUCUUUUUUCUCGAAGUUGUCUUUGCUGCAAUUGUCUUGUCUAUUUUAUAGGUUUACUGAGUAAUAAAGUUAGGCUUAAUAUUGGGUCAACCUUUAAGAGACCAUAGCGGCCAGUUAUGGCUUGAACUAAAGAUGCCCAAAGCAAAAUUGUCAUCUACUUCCACUUGACCAAAAAGGUCAAAAGUACAGGUCACCUGAAUUGACAUUCUCCAAAGUUUCUCUUUGCUUCUGAAACAAAACCAAAUUUCUUAGACAAUUUUUUAAUACCAAUUUUUUUCAAAAUAUCACCAAUGAAUGGUUGUAUGGUGAUGAUUAUAUAGAAAUGGUAUCUAAAGGGUUAAAAGUGAAUCACAUUUUUACAGAAAUAUUUUAUUCUCGCCUCCAUUUUUCCUCUUCCUCCCUCAUAUUUACUUUUACUUUGUUAUGUGGCUGCCUGACAAAUAAUAUAUAUAAUAAAAACACAGACUAUUUAUUAUUUAUUAUAUCCAAUAUGAUUUGUAUGUUACAUAUUUUAUUAAUAACCAAACAGUUUUACUAUAAGUUUGUUUCCUGCAACUUUUCCAUCAUAGUCAAAUACUUUUGCAUAUUUUGGAAAGUUCCUAGUAAAAUAGGAAAAGGACCCUCUGGCCGAAAUCAUUCCACUCUUUGAACGCAGUUCAUGUUCUCCUUUUUACCCCAUUUCAGUUUGCAUGUGUAUAAACCAUACAGCUCAUCACUUUGAGGGUUGUUUCACAUAAUAUAGUGUCUCUUUCAAGAAUAAAUUAGACAAAUUUCAAAAACCUGAAAUGAUUACUGGAACGUGAACUUGUGUUUUUAUUGAUUAGAUACAAUGAAAUAAUGUACGUGUUUACUAGCUAAACCCUGAAAAUGAGUCUCAAAAUACAAAGUUCAUGUUAGAAUGCAUUUUGUGAACCACUAUUUACUCCCAAUCCAAUUCACAAUAAAACUAGGCCCAGAGCAAAUUUACUUAACAAUUUCCUGCUUAGCAGAAAAAAGCAGGAUACCAGUCACAAAUUGUACUGUGAUAUGGUAUUUUG